AUGUCGCUUGACGGCCGCCCCGGCGACCGCCGUGAAGGGCCCUCGCCGGUGACCGGGAACGGAGUCGUAUUGGAGGACUCGAACCGGCCGGCGCUCGCACCCAUGUCGAGCCAGAGGCUGAGGUUGAUCCCAAACAAGGAUCACAAUCCGGAUAACUACGAUGACAUGGAAUUGGAUUUCAGUUCCUCGAUUUUCACCUCGCUCGAGCGGUUCCUGCCUCCGAGCAUGCUCGGGAUGCCUCGACACGAUAAGGUUAAGUUCAUGACUGAGAUUCUGCUCAAGUACUUGCCUCACGGAGAGCGUAACAGAGUUCAGAAACAUAGAGACUACAGGCAGAAGAUUAUAUCAAAUUAUCAGCCUUUACAUAGAGAGUUAUACAGUAUGCACCCAGCAACCACCUUUGUGGCGCCAUUUCUGAAAGCAGUUAGUGAUAAUACUGAGGAAAGCUUCAGAAGGAUAAUGUCUGAACCCUCGCCAGGGGUCUUUACAUUUGAGAUGUUUCAGCCACAGUUCUGUGAAUUAUUGUUGUCUGAGGUGGAGAAUUUUGAAAAAUGGGUUAAUGAAGCCAAAUUUAGAAUCAUGCGGCCAAAUACAAUGAAUAAAUACGGUGCUGUUCUUGAUGAUUUUGGCCUUGAAACCAUGCUUGACAAGCUUAUGGAAAAUUUUAUUCGUCCUAUAUCUAAAGUGUUCUUUGCUGAAGUUGGUGGAUCAACUCUGGAUUCUCACCAUGGUUUUGUUGUUGAAUAUGGUGAAGAUAGGGAUGCUGACUUGGGUUUUCAUGUGGACGACUCUGAAGUAACUUUGAAUGUGUGCUUGGGUAAGCAAUUUUCUGGAGGAGAAUUGUUUUUUCGAGGCACGCGAUGUGAUAAACAUGUAAAUAGUGGAAGCCAUUCAGAGGAGAUCUUUGAUUAUUCACAUGUCCCAGGAUGUGCUGUGCUUCAUCGUGGCCGUCACCGGCAUGGUGCUAGAGCAACAACAUCAGGUCAUCGCAUCAAUUUACUUCUAUGGUGCAGAAGGAGAAUUUUUGAAGACUAUAAGGGAGUGGGAGUGAGUGAGCUUUGGGAUAGAGUUAAGUACUGGGCAGCUUCGUGGGCGUCUGUUACAAAAGAUUUUAAAGACUACUCUUAUUCCACUAUUAUGAGGGAUAUGGCAGCUGCGGUUAACUGA